AUGUCUAAAGUCUCAAAAGGUCUCAGUGAUAAAGCUAGGACGUCACCCGGAAGUGGCGCACAGGAUCCCCGCCCGAGUUCUGUGUACAGUAUGCGAGGGCUACCGAGGAGUGAACGACCUCGGUCAAAGAAGUUAGUUCGAAUUGGGACUCUGAACGUGGGUUCGCUUACUGGGAAGUUCCGAGAAGUCCUAUGCCUCCAGUGGACCCGCUGGAAGGGAGCAAAGGCCAGAGAAAUCGGAGAGGGUGUUAAACUCUACUACAAUGGGGAUGACACCAAACGAAAUGGCGUGGCCAUAGCAGUGGCGGAGUCCCUCAAAGAAUCCGUCUCCGCCGUCAGCAGGAUCAGUAGCAGAAUCAUGGCUGUAAGAAUAGACACGAAGGAGGGGUAUUGGACAAUAAUAUCAGUGUAUGCACCCAAAGCCGGCUGCCCCGUCUACGAAAAGGGUGAGUUCUAUCUGAACCUUGACGAGGCCAUCCGAUCGGUUCCGGAGGGUGACUACCUUACCAUAGCAGGUGUUAUGAAUGGGCACGUGGGCAGUGAAAGGAGGGGACUGGAAAGGGUACGUGGAUUUAGAGGAAUAGGAGUUAGAAACGAAAAAGGAGAAAGGGUUCUCGACCUUGCCAUGGCCCAUGACUUGGCAGUCUGCAGCACCUUUUCGCGAAAAGGAGGUCUCAGAAAGUAA